AUGGCUAACGAGGAAUACGUCACCGACUCGUCCUCCGACUUCACCGAGUACUGGAUUGACCUCUUCUUGGGCAUUAAGGGCAACGAGUACUUCUGCGAUAUCGACGACGAGUACAUCCGCGACCGCUUCAACCUCACCGGCUUGAACCAGGAGGUCUCCAAGUUGCCCACGAUCAUCGACAUCAUCACCGACUUGAUGGACAUCGAGCUGCAACCAGAGGAAAACAGAGACGCUCUCGAGCACAACGCCCGCAUUCUCUACGGGUUGAUCCACGCCAGAUACAUCUUGACGUCCCGUGGCUUGAACAAGAUGUUUGAAAAGUACAGAAACGGUGACUUCGGGUACUGCCCGCGGGUCCACUGUCAGUUGCAUCCGUUGUUGCCCAUCGGGUUGAACGACCAGCCCCGUUUGGCCUCUGUCAAGCUCUACUGCGCCAAGUGUGAGGACUUGUUCAACCCUAAGUCCGGUCGCCACGCCGUGGUGGACGGUGCCUACUUCGGAACUUCGUUCCCGGCCAUGUUCUUCCAGAACUUCCCCCAAGCCAUUCCCAUCCAUUCGAAAGACACCUACGUGCCCAAGGUGUUUGGGUUCAAACUACACGAAUACUCCAAGUUGAACCGGUGGAGAGAGCUUCAGAGAAAGAAGCUCGAAGCCCGGUUGGCCAAGAACGGGGUGGAAAUCACCAACGUGGUGGGUGGCUUCAAGGCAGAGGAGGACAAGCCUGUGAUCCAACAGUAG